CGCCCUUCUUCACCUACUCCUUCCUGCAUGAAACCGGGCCUAUACCGAACAUCACCAUCUGUCAGCCUUCAACUUCAACAGUUCGCCUGCAGCCCCCUAAAACACCUAAACGCAACUCUCCGUAGCCCACAGAAAACCAUGGCCAAAGCACGGCGGUUCGUCCCCGUUGUGCUCAGGGUCGCCACCGCCGCCGCCGCCGGCGUGGCGGCGAUAGUCAUGGCCACGAGCCACCAGACGGCCACCGUCUUCGGCUUGGAGGUGCAGGCCAAGUUCCAGUACCUGCAGUCCUUGAUCUUCUUCGUGGUCGCCAACGUCGUUGCCUGCGCCUACAACCUCCUCGUCCUCGUCGUGCCGACGGCGCCGAGCCCCGCCGCUAAGCUGGUGCUCGUGGCCGACGCGAUGCUCGGCAUGUUGCUCACCGGCGCCGCCGCCGCGGCCGCUGCCACAUCGGCCAUCGGGAAGAACGGGAACAGCCGCGCCGGCUGGCAGCCGAUCUGCGGGAUAAUGAGCACCUUCUGCGACCAUGUCACGGGGGCUCUGGCCUGUGGCUUCGUUGCGGUCGCCCUCCACUUCCUCGUCCUUCUGUAUUCCAUUUACACCAUGGACAGUAGUUAGACAUAUUUGCCUUUUAUGUGUCCAGCAUGAACAGAAUAAACUUAAGUACUGCGCGCUGUCCCAGAAACCUACCAUGAGAAUCGAGAACUCCAUUUUCUUGGAAAUUUUAGACUUAAAUUCUGCUACAUAAUGCUUUGGUACAACUAAAGCUUCAUCGACAUGGCAUGUCAAUAUGAAGAUGAUUCUGUGAAAUAAAUCAUGUUCUGUGGUGCUUGAGACAGCCAGUGUUCUCGUCA